AUUCCAGCAGUAUGGACAAAGCUGAAGAUCCCACAGUUUCUCCUUCUGGUUUUUAUUAUGAAGACCAGUGGAGGUCCAGAACACACUGGAUCCAUCAUUUUAACAAUUCAGAUGAUAUAACCAAGUGCUUACAAGGAAAAGUAAUCCACUUGUUUGGCGACUCUACAAUAAGGCAGUGGUUUGAAUAUCUGACAGCAUUUGUUCCAGAUCUAGUGGAAUUUAACCUGGGGAGUCCUAAGAACGUGGGCCCUUUCAUGUCUGUGGAUCUGAAGCACAGUAUCCUACUGAAGUUCCGCUGUCACGGGCCACCCAUUCGCUUUUCAACAGUCUUUAGCAGUGAACUGCGCUACAUUGCCAACGAACUGAAUGGCAUAGUGGGUGGGAGAAACACGGUGAUAGCUAUCACUAUAUGGUCCCACUUCAGCACUUUCCCUGUGGAAGUGUAUAUCCGGCGGCUGAGGAACAUUCGGAGAUCAAUUAUUCAACUGCUGGAUCGCAGCCCCAAGACUUUAAUCGUCAUCAGAACCGCUAACGUUCAGGAGCUUGGACCAGAAGUGAGCCUCUUUAACAGUGACUGGUAUUCCUUUCAGCUUGAUUCUGUCAUGAGGAAAAUGUUCUCAGGAAUUGCUGUGCACUUUGUGGAUGCUUGGGAGAUGUCUCUGGCUCAUUACUUGCCACAUAACUUGCACCCAAAAGAAGUCAUUGUUAAGAAUCAAAUAGAUGCAUUUUUAUCUUAUGUGUGCCCUCUGCAAACUUAG